ACCUGUGGUAAAGUGCUGAGGCAGCUCGGUGUGUUGCACUGACCUCGCUGCACAAAAAGACCUGUCCACCGUGAGCAUAUUUCUACUGCAAAGAUCCUAUGCCUGAAAUGUCAUAUGGGAGUGGAGGGAGGGGGUAUUGAUUGUGUGUUGCCCAAUUUCAACACAGUCUGUUUGGCAAGCUUCUGUUGCCAUAACGACUCCGCCGUGGGUUGCCUUCCUUAGUCAUCAGCCUGUGAGCAGCCCUAUUGUCUGUGGGAGUCUUCCUCAGUCACAGCGCAGAAGGACAACAAACCACCGCUAUGUACACUGUAGUGGUAGUGACAAAUCUUUCAUUGAUACUCGGCUGUGUUUCCAGAACUCCGUUUAAUAACUUUACGUUUAAUCCAAGCGUUUCAUUCCUGGAUUCUGGAUUAAAAUGAAAUCUUCCAUGAGCUGCUUUUUGAUUUAAUGCCUCUGCUGAAGUCAACACCAGAGCAGGACUUCUUAACACCAAAACGGUGUUGAACCAGGCUUUACACAUGAAAACAUGGUCCAGUAACUGUCAGAAAUCAGUCCCAGUAAGCUUUGUAACAGAUGGUUUAUCAUUUACAGAAUCUCAUUUAACUAUGGAGCCAUUAGAGAUAGAGAAUGAAAUGUGUGGGUGUAAAGGAAUUAGGCUUCCCUCAUCAGUCAGUGUAGGCAUUUAAUUUAAUUCAAAUUUGCUUUAUUGACAUGAUUAGAAUUAAGGACAGUAUUGCAAAAAGCAAUCAUCAAAUAUCUGUAACAAACAGUAAAUGUUGUACUUUAGUUGAGUCCACAGUUGUCUAUGACCUCUGUAUGAGUUUUAGGGUUAACUUGGCCUUUAUCCCUCACUGUCCUCCUUUUCUUUUAUCUGUAAGGGUUAUGGUCAUCUUUUAGCUGUUUUUGUAUUCUGUAUUUGUUUUUGUUUUGUAUCAGUUAUUUAUUAAUUCUUAAAAUGACAUUUUAUAUUCAAAAAAACAAAAAAAAACAUGUAAACAUUGAUAUUUUGAAUACAAAUGUGUAAUAAUCUGUUGGCAUUCAUCUCAAAGCCUUAGGUUGAUUGGCUGAGUCAUAAAAUCCACAUUAAAAUCACCACUAAUUGUGCAACUCAUAAUUUAUAGCAACCACUUUGUUGUUGCUGCUGUUCAGGAACGCGCGGGCUGUUUCUAGGCAGGAAACCAACUUAUUAUUGACUGAAAAGAUUAACUGCGUAUGAUUAAUUCCCCCCUCCGCUGCACCUGUGUUUUUACAUGUUUACCAAAUCCAAAAGAUGACCAUUCAAGCAUCACUAAUGACCACUCCCCCGUUACGGAGCACAUUCCUGUGUCUGCUCCCCAUCCCGCAACAACCUGGAGGAGAGAGAGCGCAACUACAUCACUGCCCCUGCCUCCUCCUCACAGCGUUGGUCGCCAUCCAUCCUCUCUCCUCCUGUACCAUAACAGAUGGUGGGAACAACAUUGCAUCCACCGGGCACCACAACAAUAGACCGCAGCAUCCAGUCCAGACGACGCUGGCCUCGCACCAUCAUGCUCCUGGUGCAGGACCGCGUGAGGCUGUGAGUGCCGUCGUGAUUUAUUUCACGCGGUACCAACACCACCGCCACGGCCACGGAGGAACCUUCUUGCGACUGUUUGGGCUCUCCAUCGAGCGGGGAAGAUGGCCGCUAUGAAAAUAUUAACCAGCACGGGGCUCUUCUUGGCGUUCUGUGCGCUGGGGCUGCUCGCCAUGGCGAUUUGCACCGAUUAUUGGUACGAGACCGACGCGAGGAGGCAUCGAGAGAGGUGUAAAAACUAUGCCAACAAGCGAAACGACCCAGGUUACAUCUACAUUUCAAACCACAACCUCCCCCUCCAGAUGCCUCCAAAGAGCCUGGAGAGGAAAGGUAACGGCCCAGAUGCUGGGGCUCUCAUCAGGGGGAAGCGGCACUUUCUGGCCGCGGCGUCUGCCAUGGAGUCUCACUGCAGUCGGCAGUUUAACUCCACCAUCUCCGGGCUGUGGAGGAAGUGUCACCGGGAAGGAUUCGACCUGGAGACUGAGGACCUUAUUUACAAAGGGAUAAUUCAGAGAUGUACCCCCGUCAAGUAUCACUACUCUUCGUCCAUCCUCCCGCGAAAUUUACCCAUCAACAUCACAAAGACCAUACGACAGGAUGAGUGGCAUGCACUCCAUCUAAGAAGAAUGACGGCCGGCUUUGUGGGCAUGGCCGUGUCCAUCAUUCUUUUUGGCUGGAUCAUUGGAGUGCUGGGAUGCUGCCAGCAGCAUGACCUCAUGCAAUAUGUAGCUGGGCUACUCUUUCUCAUGGGAGGAACAUGCUGCAUCAUCUCCUUGUGCACAUGUGUGGCAGGAAUCAACUUUGAGUUAUCCCGCUACCCCCGCUACAUGUACGGCCUCCCUGAGGACAUUAGCCAUGGCUAUGGCUGGUCCAUGUUUUGUGCCUGGGGGGGCCUCGGUCUCACAUUGCUGGCUGGCUUCCUCUGCACCUUGGCCCCGUCCCUGAGCACGCCCGCUCGCACGACAACCCACAAGCCGAGGCAGGAGAACGGAACCGUGUGACAGGGCCGAGGUGUAAGUCGUGAAGCGAUUGACCCACCGAACGCACAAAUCGCACCCCUCCAACCUUGAUGUGCAACUCUGAAACUUUUUUUUUUUUUUUUGUCUGAUCACCAUCUCACACCACCCUCGACAUCGCCAUCCCCCUUCAGUGUUUUCAGUGUGCCUGAGUUGUGGUAGAAGGAGCAAAGUAACAACAAACUUCACGCACCUAAUCUCAAAAAUUCCAGAGGGACCUCCAGGAACAGCAAGAUUACCACCUACGUAACAUAUGACUGAGGCACGGCUCUCACAGCACAAAUAAGACAUUUUUUUGGUCCAGAUUUUUGACAUGCUGACUUUUCGGUGAUCUAAAGGUGACUGUUUUCUCUAAAGAGAAUUUGUCUUAAAAUGGUGCUCUCUUAAAAACAUAAAGCCACAUACUCUCCCACACAGCACACACACAGACACACACACACACACACACACACAGACACACACACCAGCUUUUUCACACAUGCUCAAUUACUCUGGAUGAGUCAUGAGAGAAAUCCUCCAAAAGGAACAAACAUACAAAUAUCAGGCAUCCUGUCAGCAUUCCUCUUUCAGUCGAGUGACGUGUGCUGUGUUAUUGUUCGUAAUGAAAAAAAAAAUCCAGGCGUUGACUGCCCAUUGCUUAUCUUUAGUGUAGCACACUUACUGAUAUCAAACAUGAGCCCCGGGGGUAGAAUGUCUGCACUAAAUGGAUCUAGCAGCGUGGUCAGUUCGAUAAAACACACAGAAGUAAAUUUGCAUUGAAAAGCAAAUUGUUUGAUGCUUCUUUAAAGAUUCUCUAUGUACAAAUGCAUCUCUAUGUAGAUCCAGAUCAUUGUUUGUGUAAAGUAGAUUUUGAAUAAGAAUGUUUGUUUUCUGUUUGUUUAGAGGCGAUAAUGGCUGAAAGUACAGAGAAGAUAAAGAGCGACAGGAUUGCGCCGGGGAGAAUGAAUCUAUUAUGUAUUCAGCAGCGUGAAGGUAUUUUGUGGUACCAAAUGAAAAGGAGAAAGAAGUAGAAGAAAGCAUUAAGUCACAGUAACUGCUGAGCUGUGACUUAAAGCUGCUGUGCUGUUACCACUCUGGCAGACCCAGUUGUUUGCUGACAGCUGAAUCAUAACCUGACAAGAGCAAAACAAGAAACCAAACUGUGGAGGAAGUAUUUGAUUACUCCAUUGUUUACCCUUAAUAUUGGUCAGCCGUUUUGUGUAAUGCAAUGAAUACAAGCAAGUUAAGCAAUUUUAGAAGAAGAAAAAAAUGCAACUUCAGUGACCCCACUUAAAAAUGAAAGCACAAGCUGUAUUAGUGCUCAUGUGCACUGAAUACGGUAACAUAUUAACAUAACACAGUGGUAGAAGUCCAAAGUUUCAUCAUGUCCUGACUAAAAUCUGGCUUUAGGGCAUCAUUUAUGGAGGAACAGUUGUUUUCUUUUCUUUAUACGUGGGUUAGACAGAACAAUCGGUAAAGGCGCGUUUCAUGACGUUUACUUGCAGCCGGCGUGUAAUUCAGUUUACACACUGAUGUUUCAUGUCAACCAAACAAAUUACAUGUGCAAACUUCAGGACACAAUAAUUUGCCAGUAGACUGAAUCAUUAGCUUCUGCUAAACGCAUGAUAUUUCAGUCUACAGAAGGCAGAGGAAAAACACAAAGAGUAACUCAGAAAAACGUACUGAACCACAAUACAAGGCACAACAUGUAUAUACUUUAAAAACAAAAACAAAACUAAAGUGUCAAAAUGAAGUAAUAAGUCCACUCCAGUUUGAUUGACCUGUGGAACACAUCUUGUGUCAUCUCUUGAUCAAUAAGAUACAUAUUUAUAGUAUCCUAACUUACAAAAUGCUACACCACAUAUUAGCAUGUGAUAGGAACAUGAGAAUUAUUCCAUUUUUCUAUUAGGAAUUCAACUGUUGGAUUCAAAAUGUAUCCAAAUCUUAUGUUUGAAAAAGCACAAAUAGUGAUUUAGAAGGCUCUUAACUACAGAGACGUACAUUAAAAUGUCUAAUCACCGUAUGCUCAUUUUGUGUUUCAAUUGUGACGUGUUCACAUGGCCAAAAUGAACAGUGAAGUAAACUGAAAAUCACAUGUAUCCAUUCUAAAAUGGCUUCACACUGAAGUGUAUUUCCAACAAAUAUAAAAAAGCAGAUACAUUUAGUUGGACAACGGCUGCAUUUUUGAAAACAACAAAAUAAGGAGUAAAUAGUUGUGGUACACACCUACAACUGUGUGUCAUUAGUACAAAUCAGUAAAAUGCACCACCUCUGUUUACCAACCAACAAAAGUUUACCAUGCAUAGUAUGUAGUAUGAGAUGGGACCAUAUAAAAGGUUUUGAGUGCAGAAGGUUUGGUUUGUUCAAGGAAAUGGAAAAACAAUUCUCCUGGUGACAGUUUUGGAUGAUAAUAACUCACAGCAGCCAGUUUUCUGUUAUGCAAAUAAGAUUAUUUUUUCUUCUCCCUCCCCCAUAAAUGUUGAUUGCUGGAGAUGAGUCAUGAGAUAUUUUAUCAGCUCUGUCAACUAAAAAAAAAAAAAGGUGUUAUAAUGUGUGUUGACAACACUGUAUGUGAUGUUCAGUCCUUUCACCAUCACCAUUAACCUCCUCAUGAGGCUACCACUUUUCUCAAGUCAAGGAAAUUAACUGAGGCAUGAUUGAAAAACUGUAUCUUCAGUGUCUUGUUGAAUCUUUGCACUUUGCUGGGUCUCUGUGAACCUGAGGUCUGAGCAGGAGGAGUUAUACAUUAUAUGUUUGCAAGGCCACAUAUAGGAGCAAAAAGAUGAUCAGAGCAUGUGAUAAGCACAUAUGAGUUUGGGUUUAUACCAUGUUGUGCGUUUAGGGUCAGUCGGUCCAGGCUCUUAUCAUGAAAAAAAUAAAAGGAAAUAAAAAACAAGGACAUGCCAUAAAUAUAAAAAAUAUUUAUAUUUACGGUCAUUACACUGACACUUGUUAGUGUAUUUUCUGACAGACUCACAGAAUACAAAGCUGUUUGGUGUUUUGGUUUUAUAAAAUUUUAAGUUCACACCCAAACUGAUACACAGUAAUUUAAGUAUUACUGUAAGCAGUAAACUGUAAUGUAUAAGUACAUGGUGCGAGUAUAAUGUGUUGUUAGGACUGAAGCACAACUGCACACAAAUCUUACAAAGUUUGUUUUUUCUUUUCUUUUGUGUGUGUGUAUUAUAGGUGGGAAAAUCUGCCUUUUCCAGUAAUGAUGUGCCACUACUGCACAUGUGCAGGACUUUGUCAAAAAGUAUUACAAGCAAAGAUUUUAAAGCACAUAUUUACACCCCUCCCCCCGCCCCUCUCCUCCCUCCCCAAACUCAAACAGUCAAUUUCAAAGCACAUAACAGUGUCUGUAUUUUAAAACUAAGAUUUUGUCAUUGAUUGGACUGAGCUUCAAAACAGAACAACAGCAGCACACAGUAGCAAGAUUUACAAAACUUUGAAAAAAAAUCACGUGCUUUAGAGAACAAAUGAGGUCGGCACAGUGUAACAAUGUAUUUGAAAUUGUUGUAAAAUCCCUAUCAAGUGGCAACUUCCUGUGUUUCAUGAGGAACUUAGAAAUGUACUCUGUGCAAUGAGAGAUGCCCUGUGAAAACGCCGCCAUUUAGAGUGGCACUUGUUUCAGUAGCACAGCUAUUAUUUUCUACAAGUCAUUUAUACUGGUUCAAUCCACUGCAGAUGUUAUGUGGGGACUACAAAAGACAUUACAGUCUUGCAUGAUCUCAUUACAGCUAGUUUCUUUCAAUAUAUUAAAAACUUGUGUCCAUUUUUAAUUAAUUUAUUUUACUGAAAUAAAAUAUGUAAUUACUAA